CAGCACACGAGUAAACAACACGCAGCUCGGAGCUAGCUCACCGCUAGCUCACCGCUUCGCGCUUUGAAUGAGGAAAUUCAUGUUUUAAAAGGAUAUUUCUUGUUUACAAUAUCUGGACAUCUCUCUUUGGAAACGCGCCACUUUUGAAAACUUCGCACUCAAGAUGCCUGUUCAGUGCAGCAGCUGUCGUGAGAAGCGUGCUGUGCUCAAACGUCCAAAAACGGGCCACUCGCUGUGUAAGGAAUGCUUCUUCUGGGCCUUUGAGGAGGAAGUGCAUCAGACCAUCAAGGCAGCGGAGCUGUUCAAACCGGGGGAGUCUGUAGGAAUCGCUGCCUCUGGAGGAAAAGAUUCCACUGUGCUCGCACACGUCAUGAAGCUCCUCAAUGAGCGAUACAACUAUGGCCUUGACCUCAUGCUUAUCUCGGUGGAUGAGGGAAUCACAGGUUACAGAGAUGACUCGCUGGAGACCGUGAAGAGGAACCAGCAGCAGUACGAGCUGCCGCUCAAGAUCGUGUCAUACGAGGAGCUGUACGGAUGGACUAUGGACGCUAUAGUGAAGCAGGUGGGACUGAAAAAUAACUGCACUUUCUGUGGAGUGUUCAGACGACAGGCUCUGGAUAGAGGAGCCAUCAUGCUGAAAGUGGACAAGAUAUGCACAGGUCACAACGCUGACGACGUGGCUGAAACGGUUUUGAUGAACGUUUUACGAGGCGACAUAGCCCGACUGCGCCGCUGCACCGCCAUCUCCACAACUAGUGAGGGCGACGGGGUCGUUCCACGCUGCAAGCCCCUCAAGUAUGCUUACGAAAAGGAGAUUGUCCUGUACGCCUACUUCAAGAAGUUGGACUACUUCUCCACUGAAUGCAUCUACUCCCCUAAUGCGUACCGUGGCCAUGCAAGGACUUUUUUAAAAGACCUGGAGAGCAUCAGAUCCAGCUCCAUAAUAGACAUCAUCCACUCCGGAGAGAACCUGUCCGUGCGGGACGGGGUGAAGAUGCCCGUUCAGGGAACCUGCAGCCGCUGCGGAUACAUCUCCAGCCAGGCGCUUUGCAAGUCCUGCGUGCUGCUGGAGGGGCUGAACCGGGGUCUGCCCAAGCUGGGUAUCGGCAAGCAUCACCGCCUGCACGACAAACUGCUGUCACAGCAGCCACUCACCGAGAAGGAGGAGAGGAAGCUGAAAUCAGUAGACUUUUGAUGGUUGUCUGACACUUAACAUGUAGGGUAUAUAAUGACAUUUUAAACAGACUGUUUUUUUUUUUUUGUUAUUUCUGCAUUUUUAUGGAAAAAGACAGCUCAAAAACCAAAUUUGAUAUUUUUGUUUUUUUUAAUGGGAUAUUUGUUGAAUUUUUCAGCUUUUCCGUUCAGAAGUCUUGACAAAAUCCGGGGCAGGUGCAGCAAUGAAAGUAACGUUACUGCAGUUUUAUAGCAGCAAAAUGAAAUUACUUGUAUAAAUGUGAUACCAUUAAAGAACAUCUGAUUUUGACAUUUAUCUAUUUAUGUUGUGAUUGGGUUUCUGUAUAAUUUGCUUCAGCUUCAUGCUUCAAUUUGAUUGGGGGGAAAAAAGCUUUAUGUUUUUAAACACACCUUUCAGGCCAUUGCAUUCAAAUAGUCAGCAACUGUGGCACUGAGGAAACACCCGAUGACUGUCCCUUCUGCUGUAUUUUGGUUCUUUCUGUUAAACUUUAUGAUCCCCAUCCCCCCUCACUUACGGUGAAUGUUUCCAUUCAUGGUCACAUUACAGUGUCUUAUAAAGUAUUAUUUAAUAAAUACAUAUA